GCUGCUGAUAAGGCGCGGACGUACCCGUUCCUUUACGUGUUUACAUUCGUUGAGUAACAUACCGUCGUUCCUUUUGUGACAUCGAUACGCUCGUUAAUGCACACUUAGAAAUGGUUCAGAGUUAAAUUUAAAUGUGCAAGUGAUUUCAAAGUAAAUCAUUAACAGAGCCGUGGUACUGCGGGGUCGGUGCGAUCGCCCUUGUCGAUAAGUGCUGUGUCGUCACACUCUUGAGUGUUGUUUUAAAUUAAUGAUGUGCACAGGUGUUAUAACAUCAGUAGUCCGAAAUUUUACUCGUUUGACAUGUGGAAUUCAAAUCUAAAUGCUCAUAGAUUUUAUUAUGUUAUUAUAUUAGUUGUGGUGUUUGAGUGAUUAACGUACGAAACAUUGUUAUUAUAAAUAUGGAUAGGUUUAGACAAAAAACGAAAAAGGAUAAACCCAUGAAACAUGUCGAAAAGGAAAAAUCUCCUAUGUUCACGGACGUAAAGACUAUAAAAGAAAAUUUAAAAAUAAAGGAGAUAUUGAGAUCUGUAAAAAUGAAUAGUAGUAUGCGAAUCAAGGCUCCACGAGGCAGUGUCGUAAUGGACAAAAAUGAGUUUAUUGAUGUCCAAGAAGAUGCUUCCGAUGUGAUGCACAGUGACCUCCAAGACACAAAACCUGGAGACUUGCAAGAAGCCAAGAACUUCGAUUUAGUGAAUAAUUUAAUACAAGAGAGUGGAAAUCCGAACACACACUUGCAAAAUGAAAUUUCCAUAAAUACGGAACAAGAACCUGGGCCCCACCAGGACUACUCGCAACCACCACAUAAUACUAACGAUAACAGCCCUUUGACUCAGGACACUGAAGUGUCUGCUUCACAAGUGGAAAGUGUGCUCACAGAGCCCGAGGUAAACCAAGAAAACUUAAAAAGCGAAGAAUCCAUUUCUAAAGCUGAUUUACUACAAACCAAAACAAACAUCGUGAAAAGUCGGGAGCGGAAAUUGUCUUUGGACAACACUAUGUUAACCCGGCGAGAGAGUUUGUCUCAAUCGGAAAUGGAUCUGCAUUCUAUAGGAAAAUCACCACUGGAGAGGAAAUCAUCAUUUUUUAGAAAAAAACUGGACAGUUUCUUAAAGAACACAACUGAGGUUUUUAAGAGACAGUCGUUAGGGAGCAAGUCUCACACUAUGUCCCGCAGAGGUUCCAUGUCAGUCUCUCUUCAAUCUUUGAAUGAAAACGUGGAUACGGUUGGAGAUCAAUACAACAGAGCUGCACUUAGUCAACAGGAGGUGCGCGGCAGCGCGGCAAGCGUGGCGUCGAACUCGACGCUUGGCGCGAGCGAGCUGGACAGCGCGGGCAGCCAGCCUGUCCUCUCGGCCAGCCAACCCAGCGUCGUGCACAGUCAGGGCAGUCCUACCAGCACUAAUGGCGCAUAUAACCAGGACUCACUCCUCAAUUCUCGAGCUAUAUCCAUGAGCUCGGGGCUAGACUCCGCGUUCGGACAGCGGCGCAGGAAGACGUCUCGAUCCAACAGAGUAACAUGGGUGGCUAGUGAAGGCUUGACCAACUACCUGCGCCGUUUGACUCAAGACGAGACGAGCAGGGAGAUGUGCGCAGCCCAUUCAUACCAGGACUUCUCGAGCAUCCCCGAGAACUCGCUGCACGAGCCGAGGGCCGACUCGAAGGGCCGGCGGCUCUCCUACCAGCGCGCGGUGUCCGGCGAGGAUCCCGCGCCCAGAUACGACUCCAGCUUGAAGAGGAAACCUUUAAUUCCAGAACAUUCAGAGGCUAACUUCGAGCUGUCAAACCAAUUGGCAGAAUUCACGAGGAGUGGUGUACCUCCGUUGGAGGGGUUCGAAUUCACUGACAACGACCAGCCUCAUUACCGCUACCUCCUGUGGGCCGAGGAGCGGCCGAACAUUGACGGAGUGUACGACUGGACUCAACUGAGUCCCAAUGAAGAAGCAAGGCAGGCAGUGAUACGUGAGCUGAUCAGCACCGAAGCUGACUAUCUCCGGCACCUCAUCUCCUUAGUGCAGGUAUUCAUGGCAGCGGCGCACGCGCUGCAGGACAGCGGCAGGAUGCUGGCGGUGGACACGGCGCGCCUGUUCUCCAACAUACCGGAUGUGCUCAACGCAAGCCUCGCCUUCUGGGAAGCCACUUUCUAUCCUAUGCUCAAAGAUGCACAUGAAAAUGGCACUCCUUAUAAUACAGAAUUUAUGUCGAACGGCUUUGGUCAUUUUCGUGAAAUAAUGCAACCGUACGAGAGAUACGUGAACGACCAGACCAAAGUGCUGGACUAUUUCCGCACGCUCUCGAACAACUCCGACUUCAUGGCCUACUUGGGAUGGUGUCAUGGGCACAGGACGUGCAACAGGCUCCAAUUAGCUGAUUUGAUGGUAAAGCCCAUGCAGCGUCUCACCAAGUACGGCAUACUCCUCCGACGCAUCAUCUCGCACACGGACGCCGAGCCAGAAAGGACCUCGCUAAAAAUUAUGGAAACAAAUGCUAAAAAUUAUGUACUUGACAUAAACCGGACGAUAAGGCAACGCGAAGAGUUGGAAAGACUGGAACAGCUCGCGAACUCUAUUGACGUUUUUGAUGUGGACUUUAGGGACGACGACAUGGACAGAUAUUUUCGAAUGUACUCUCACAUAAACCUGCGGGCGCCGAUGGUGAACUGUUUGCCGAGCCACAGCAGAACCAUAAUCUAUCAAGGUGAUCUCCGCUACAGAGACAACGUCAAGGAGAUCGACGUCCGCGUGAUUUUAUUAACUGACAUGAUGCUUAUAUGUAAAAAAAUGUCAAAGGGCAGCGUGUACCCUUUCAAAUUAAUAAGGCCAAAAUAUAUGGUGGACAGAAUGAUCCACUUUCCAAGAUACAGCACAAGGAACCCUCGGGAACUAGCGUCUCUAAUAUUCGUCAUGGUCGACGAAGUUGGCUCUUCGUACCAUAGUUUCUCUCUGUCUGAGCCAGCUAAGGACCCCAACCCUCAAGGCACGUUGAAAAUAUGGGAACAAAAACUACGAGAGGCUAGGCUCACAUACGACCUCGGCGUGUGGUUUGCCAGAAAUCCAUCUCGGGAUCUCUCUGAAGUAGACGUGGAUUCCUCUUCCGACUACGGUGCCGCUGGAACUAGCUCCGCGAAAGCGAGCAAGCAGAACUCUGACGACGUGAACAUCGAGCGGGAGGCGCGCGAGCGGGUGGCCGCCAUGCUGCACCGCAGCAUGGGCGCUUCCACUGAAUACGACUUCUCACAGGCUUCCAUGAACACGGACUCAUUUGAUGGCGAGGCCUCGGGCGCCGCGGGCGCGAGCGGGCGCGCGCCAACCCUGCACAGCCUGCGUCAUCCCAUGCAGCGGAACUCUACUAGCGGCAGCUCGCGGCAAAGUCGUCUCUCCAGCUUCCAGUACUCCACCAGCGCGGCGUCCCACGACGAGCCGCAGCCCGGGCCCAGUCGGUGCAACUACUACCGCGCCGGCAGCUCCGUGGAGCACGUCAUUCCCCCUCAAAACCCCGACGAUGCUGUCACAUCAAUAACUGUGAACGUGGUUAGCGAGAGUGAAUCGGAAACAGUGGUACCGUCGCAUCAGCAGCCGGGCCCGUCGGUCCGGCUGCCGCUGCGCAGCCCGAGCGCCGCCGCCGCGCACAACACGCUGCGCGUGCAGCCGCAGAGCGGCGUGCUGGCGCUGGUGCACAGUCUGCCCGACCUCACCAUCGACCCCUCCUCGCCGCCCGCGCGCACCGCGCCACCACCAACUCCUCAAACGGCGUCAGAAAAACUAUACCAAUCUCAUCAGGAGCUGCUACAACGAAACCGGCUCUCUGCAACGCACCAUCACCAAUACCUGAGCCCCGAUCACAGGGGCACCAGUUAUCCACCUCCCAGCCCGACUAGAGCCGCAUUGAGGCGCGGCAUGGCUUUCUCCGACUCGUUCAAGUACCCCCCGCUGUCGAAGAUGGGCCACGUGAACAGCCAGUCGCAGCAGCAGCACCCCGAGCCGCAGCCGGGGCCCUCCACCUCCGCUGCUGGCCGGAGCGAACAAGGCGCCGUUAAUCCAGUAAUAGUUCCAAGUACCAGCACGGAGAAGGAGAAAAAGUCAAAACACCUGAUUAGCAGCAGGAACAAAGGAGGCAGCAAAAGCGAGAGCGCGAGCGGCCGCCGCAAGGACAAGCAGGCGGAAUGACGCCGCGCCAAGUCGAAAGACUGAAGGGGGAAGAAGAAACGCAAGUCGCGUAGUCAAUGGCUUUACAAAUGGUGCUGUCUUUGUUAAUGUGAUAGCCCGAAGGGCAGAGUGAGAACUUAAAUUUAGAACGUUUUACAUUUGUAACAGCCAACGAAAACACUUGUAUUUUUGUGACCGUGGUGAAACUCAAUACAGACUUUGACCGCGCAUCUAUGAUGCAAAGUCUUGCAGGAGCCAUAACAACGAUGAAUAAGGGACCAGCCUUUGGAAAUCUGGUGACUGUGCCAUACUCACGUCGUCGCGUGACCUCUUCGUUCAUAUUCUGGACAGGCUGAACUUGAACCGGGCUGCAGCUACCAUAUAUAUUAUGUCGGCUAUACACAACACACUACCGAUAUAUAAUAUUCACAUGAGACCUACAACCUAGUUACCAAAUACUUUACUCAAUAUCUUCCUGUACUCAUUUUUUAGGUUUGAUUAUAGUCAAAUUUAAACGUAUCUACGUACAACUUGUCAAAAAUAAAUAGUCGAUUUAACUGUUACGUAACAAAUUUAUCUGAGAGAACAUUACGUAUACCAAACACUUUCCUAUCAGUUUGUAUUCUGCAAGGAAUUUAUAAAUGUUACAUCAUUCUAAGCUAGGAAUUUAUAGACUAACCCCGAUGCAUAUGUUCUCGUGUAGUCAGUCCGAGCAUUUUAUCUGAGAUUCUAUGUUAUACACAAAUAAUAUAAAAAAAAAACAAUAAAGCUUGAGAGUCAUGAGAUAUUAUGUACCAAUGUAGAUUAAUUAUAUAUGAAAAUAUUAUAUAAUAACAAAAUUUAAACACAAGAAAUACCAAUUAUCUAUUCGGGUUCCGUAGUCAACUAGGAACCCUAAAGUUGCGCCAUGUCUUUUUGUCCGUCCGCAGCUUUGCUGACGUGAUAGUUAUUGCUACAAAACUGCAAUUUGCUAUGGAUAGGUAGUUACAUAAUUCUAGUAGGGUUAGUAAACGCAUUGAGUAUGAUACUACUAUACUACUACUAUAGUCUCAGGCAAUGCCUCUUGGCACGAUUGUUCCUUAGGUCAAACAAAGCAGAUUUGGCCCGAUAGCCUCGUGGCUCUCGUGAUCGUAACGUGCAUACUCCCCAAAAGGGGGGAGGGGGGGAGCUGAAAGGGACGGCUCCUUAGGUCCAUUGUAUGCUAUAUUUCUUCCUGUUCUUACCAAUAGGGCAAGAUAUAUAUCAUUUUCGUAUAAUUUUAUAAUUUAGAGAAAGGAAUUAAUUUUCGUAAUAUUUUUGUACAAAAUUGAAAAAAUUAUGUAACUUUUUGUGACAAUUUUGGCUAUUACGAUCACAGUGUGGCGAUUUGCACUUACUUAUUCUUCAUUCUUGAAAAUAUCACUUUAAAGUAGGCAUUUAUAUAUUUUUUUUGUAUUGUUCGUCGUGGAACUACGCCCAAAAGUCAUAGAUUAAUAUUGUUUACAAAUACACUGAAUGAGUUUAAAAGUAGGUAUUUAUAAAUAUUAUGUUUUAAUUAUUUUUUCUCAAACAUGCAAUGAAAUAUUGAUGUUAUGUUCCUUAUAAUAGGCUGCGAAGUAUGACGUUUCAGGUGCGGCUAGGACAAAAGGUCGUUAAUGGAAUUUCAUACACAUCUUGCAGGCCUAGGCCGGCAAAGUCCUCUUUUUUAAUUUUCAUUUCACAGAUAUUUGUGACACAGCAUCGUGGCAUUCAUCCAUUAAAAAAAAUAGAGGCAGUAUUUGCUCUAUGGUUCGUAAUGACACUCUGCCACUACGCCUAUAAAAAAAAAACAAAAAACAAUGUUUGCUAUAAUUUGCAGUUUUAUUUGUAUAAAAUCAACAUGAACUUAAUAAAUAAUACAUUCUAUAAUUUUAUAAUUUUAAAUUAUAAAUUUAACUACACAAAUAAAAACAUUUAAAAUAUUUCAUCUAAACGUUAGCGGUAAAUAGGUCUACUCAAACACGCGUAGUUAUAUUUUUUAAAUUGUUAUGGAGGUAAAGUUGAAAAAUAUUCAUUCUGUUUUAUUGGAUUUAUGGUGCGUUGUUGAUUUUUUGACUUUAAUAUGAGUUCCGACGAAAUAAUGAAAUUAAUAUUAAUUGUAAUCGUAGGUGUUGGAAUUGGCAGCGUAAGCAGAAUUGAUUUUAAAUAACUUGCUGCCUCUGCCGCCAAGUCAAAGACGAAGUAUGUAUAUGGUUGCUUAUGGCAAUUUUAUUAUUUGAGAAACUAAGAAAAAUGGCUUACAGUUUAUUAGAAACAGUUUUGUGGCAUAUUUUAAAUGAAUGUAACUACAAAUUCGUCAACACUGUGGAAAUUAUACUUAUUUACUCCAUGCAUAAAGCAACGAUGUAUGUGAAACAUGAUAUCAACAUGAAAGACUAUGUAAACUUAUGUGACGAAAACGACAGUCAGACGGAUACAAGGCGAAAAAUCAAAGAUACAUGAAAAUAUACGGGUAGUAAAAAUACACGACUCGUGUAAAACAUACGCGUGAUAAUGAUAUAGGUACGUGUUGGUUAUAUUUUGGGUGUAGUUUACUUUUAGUUUUUUCUAUAAAUAAAACUUGGGUUUCGUGGAUUUUUUAUUUUAUUUAUUUCAUUGCAUGUUUGAGAAAAGCACUAUACAUACCUCGGCGGGAAAUGGGGUUGCCCGCGCUCAUACCUAUCCGUCUAUAUGUCUUCGGCCGGCAACCCCUUUUGUCCCGGCCUCUGUAGUAAUGUACUAUUAUUCGAGCCCGAGCUUCGAUAGAUACAUGCAAAAGUAAAUCUUUAGAGGACACUACGAUUGGACAACGUUUUAUAAUGUCAAUUUUUUCAACAUCAACAACUGUCUUUUGUAAUUAUAUAUUAUUAUACGACCUAAACACACUCAAUUAAACUUUACUAUAUGCAUGCAUCUCAUAAUAAGGCGUUUGGUUUACAUAUUACAAAAUUAUUUAAAUAUAUAAACUAUUUUGUAUUUCACUAGACUAACUCCACUGCAUCGGGGUUAGUAGUGCUUAAAAUCUAUCUGUGUUAGUCGUUCAAUUAGAUUAAGGAAAAAUGUAUCGUGCCUGUUGAUUCCUGGAGUGGUAAUACAUAUUUAUGUAGUUAUAUAUGUAUCCAAAAAUGACCGUGUGGGCUCAAACUUUGCCCGUCUUGUGAAACAUAUUUAAAGCACUAAAAAAGUACCUAAUACAAUGGUGACAUAUAUCACAAAAUAUCACAUAAACAAGAUAAGUAGCUAAAUUAAACUAAUAUACUACUAGCACUAUAACUGUGUGUGUAUGUAUUCUAAUUUCUGACACAUGACAGAUAUAUUGUGUCUCACAUAUUGACUCGUUUGUUUAAAUAGUGACAAUUAGGUACUCAAUAUUAAAGCAUUCUAGUUUUCGGUAGCUACACAUCCAUAUAUACACUUUAUAGUACAUAUAUGGAAAAGUUAUAUGUUAGUUAUACGUUAUACAAAGAGCUAGAUUAUAACAAUAUCUUUGUUAGUAGGUACUUAAGUAAUUUAAAUAAAAUUGCUGAAUUGUUUCGUUUGGUAAUCUAUAGAUCCAAUAAAAAAAUCCUAGAAAAUCAUUUGUAGUUAGAGGCGUAAUUUUGUAAUAAAAAUGUAUAUUGAUGAACAAUAUAUUUUAUAUCAUUUAAGAUACUUAGAUACCUAUUCUAAUGUUAUACCAAAGUUAGUAAAAUUUGUACUUACCUAAAACAAUACCUUCGAUUAAUAGAAAAACGCUUUUUAAAUAAAAUCAUAUUUUCGCCACACCGCUUGGAUUUUGUGAAAAAAGUGAGGAAACUGAUUUUAUCCAGUAGGUAAUUUCAUACAAAAGAAGAAUUAAAUAUUUUUUUCAUUUUGAGUGCCAAUAUUUAAUGUUAUUUAACUAGUAAUGCUUGAUAGUUUCAUUAAUUAUUUCCGCGCGGAGGUCAGACGAAGAAUUUUGUGUUACGUGUAGUAAAUAAAGGUAGUUGACCCCGCAGUAAUUCCUCAGCCAGAAAAAACUUUACAGUAUGAUAAAGUACAUAUCAAUAAAUAAAAAGUAUUGUAUAAAUUUCCAAAGAAUAAUAAUAAUAGAAUUAAAGUAAAUACCUAAAGUCUUAAAUCGUUAAUAUCUUUUUACGGAAAAAUGCUCCGUUCAAACUUUCUUCACCAGACAUAUUCAUGUAACGUAUUGCAACAAUAUAUGAAAUAUCAAAAAAAAAUAAUCCACCAGAAAUACCAGUAUUAAUAAUAUACAAUUUUUUGGCGUGUCUUGGACCAGAAAAUUGCUCAGUCUAAUUUUUUCACUGGAAUGCCAUUUUAUUGCCGUUUUAUACCUACAAAAUGAAAAUCUAAAAA